UACGAUAAUCGAGCCUACCCGGGCGGAUCCUCAUCCACCUACGCGUACUCACCCGACAAUCGUCGCGAUCCCUACUAUCCUGAGCAGAGGGAUCCCCGGGACUAUAGAGAACAUCCGCAGGCAAUCGACAAUCACGGCUAUCGCUACUGA